UCACGACUACACUCAUUUGUAAACUGAUGCAAUUGCAAAAUAUUUUGCGUAUAAAAAAUUUAAAAUAAGAAUAAAGUUCAAGUGUAAUUAAACCGCUUACGUAUAUUUGAAGAGAAAAUUAUCCAAGUCGGCAUUAAAACUGAGACGACAAUGAAAUAAUAACUGAAACAAUAAACAUUUUGUAAAAUGGAUUGGAAUCAAUAGAAAUUCCAAUUGUAUUAAUAAGGUGCGGAAAUUUAAAGAAGAAAUCGCCAUAGGAGAAACAAUAUAUAAACCGUUUUAAACAUGGAUAUGGAUCCAUCGUUAGAUAUGGAUCUGAUGUCGAGUGGCAUGGUGGAAUCCUUGGAUAUUUUUAAGGAUGAGGAUGCAUUGACCAUUAUAAAAGAAAUGAUGUCGCCAGAAAUGUUAAGAGAUUUUUUGGAUGACAUAGACCAGGUUCAAUUGAACAAUGAUCUGCUUACAACCAUCGAUUGUUCCAUGGAUGGCCAAAGCAUGAAGUCCGAACAUAUGUCACCAGAGCAGCAUAUUAAACAGGAAUCCCAUUCGCCCAUGCACAUGUCCCCACAACAUAAUGAUAUGGGCUCACCAUCGUAUAAACCUCUCUUAUCUUCGGAUCCCUUAAUGGCAUCCAACUUCAGUCCAUUGCCUCACAUGUCAAGCCCCUCACCUUCAAUGAUGUCCCCGAGUUCUCUAGUGCAAGGGUCAAAAACCUCACCGCCCACACCUGUGACCAUGUCAAGGCAUCCUCAACUUGCAACAGCAGCACAACAACAUUCAACAAAUUUAUUACAAAACAUGGACACAACACCUAAUAUGACUGCUGCUGCUGUUGCUGGUAAUCUUGUAUUACAUAACAACAAUACCACACCUGCUUCAAACCUACAAUUGGGCCACAUGGAUAUGAAUAAUCAAGUAUCGGGAUUAACUCCGAUUAUAUAUGCGACUACCGCAGCAGCUACAGUGAAUGCUAGUAAUAAUACUUUUAUAUUGCAAUCGGCCCCAACUACCACUGGUGGUAAUGGUGUAACGGCAAGUAUAACACAUGAGAAGAAAGUACAAAUUCCCCAUAAUAACAGUGGCACCAGCGGUGGUGGUAUGAAAGGAAAUAAUAUGGGUACUCAGUCACAGUUUCUAAAAAAAAUUCAAACGCUGCCGCAAAUUUUGACGGUACAAAAUAUUGGCAACACCCCAAAUAUGGCGGAAAAACCAACAGGAGCAGCAAUGCAAGGAACGCUAAAGUACACAUCGACGAACCAUCAGCAGCAACAAAACACAAUACAGCCUCAACUGGCGGCGCAACCACCUUCCCAAGUUAUAAUUCAGACAAAUCCGGUUAUGUACACCACAGCAAAUGGUACUGCUAUUUUGGCUUCUCACAUACCAGUUGUCUUGGAACCCGUCACAUCAUCAAAUUCUGGUACUGCUAUUAAUACAGUUUCCGUGACUACAACAUCACAACAACCAACGCCCACAAGUAAACCUAACUCACCCCAGGGCGCGGCGGCUUCUCCAGUAGUCUUGAGUAGUCAUGUGGAAAAUAAACUACCCAUCAAUCGCUCACCACCCCAACCAAAAGUUAAAGAAGUCAAACGUUCCGCCCAUAAUGCCAUUGAAAGACGCUACCGCACGUCGAUCAAUGAUAAAAUAAAUGAACUUAAAAAUCUGGUGGUUGGUGAAUCGGCCAAAUUGAACAAAUCGGCGGUUUUACGAAAAUCUGUCGAUAAGAUACGUGAACUACAGAGACAAAACUACGAGUUGAAAAUGGAAGUACAACGUUUACAGGGAGAACUGAUGUCUCGCGAUGGUUCGAAAGUACAAGAUUUGUUGCAUCCUGGCCCGGGCAAAAAACGAAAAGCUUCAUCUAUUGAGGGCGUUUUAAUGUACGGCAAGGAGGCUUCACUUAUGACACCACCACGCAGUGAUGAUUCUGAUCCAUCAUUGUCUCCACUGCACUCAGAUUCUUCUAUGCCUCCCUCGCCCUACGAUGGUUCCAGCUCAUGUACAGCCAGUGUUAAAGAUGGUGAUAUAGAGAUUUUACCAAAAGCAAUGCAAGGAAUGGCUGCUCAUUCUCGACUGGCCCUAUGCAUGUUUAUGUUUGCCAUUUUGGCUGUUAAUCCUUUUAAGAACUUCAUGGGAGGCUCGGUAUUGGGAAAUAACUAUCUUUUUGACGAUGAGGAGUUAGUGGGUCAAAGGAAAAUAUUAUCGGUCGAUGAGGAAGAAACUAGCGGAUUCAUUUGGGGUAACUCCACUUCGUCUUUAAUCUUAUGGACCAUGAAUAUUUUGGUCAUGUUAAUGUGUAUGAUUAAACUGUUGGUAUAUGGAGAUCCUUUAUUGAGCUCUGAAACUCAAGCCUCUGGGGCAUAUUGGAAACACAAACAAGUGGCUGAACAAUAUUUUGCAAUAGGAGACUCAAAGAACGCUUACUCGGAGUAUUUACGUUGCUUGCAAAUCUUUGGCAUAUCUUUGCCCUCGACACGUUUGGAGUCAUUCACAUUGACAUCUUGGCAAUUUAUACGCUUAUUUUUCCAUCGCAUCUGGAUAGGACGUGUUCUCUCACGUAAGGCUGGAGGUCUAUUUUGCAGUGAGGAUCAAAGAAAGGAGGCAUUGGCCUCGGCUCGGGAAUUGGCCUUGAUAUUCAACCGAUUAAAUCAAUUGCAUUUGACAUCGAAAAUCAACGAUUCGCAUGGCUUGGUGAUGUCUUUGUAUGCCAUUAAUAUGACCGAAGUUGCUGCUCAUUUACUUACACCCAAUGAGUUGGCUAGUAUAUUCAUAACAUCUGCUUUGCGUGUUAAACGCAGCUAUCCCAAGUACUUGAAAUUCUUCGGGCGUUACUUUAUAAGCCGUGCAAAGAAUGAAAAUUCCAAAAUACGCGAUCACACUCAAGAAACUCACUGGCUUUUCACUUCAUAUGGUUAUCGUUAUUUUAUCUCGCAUGAUUUCGACUUUGUGGAGAACGAAAAAGAAAAUCCCAAUACCAAUCUCUUUGUCACUCUAAGCAAUCCGGCUGAUCCCAUGUCCUAUGUCCUCAAACAUUAUCGUGAACAUUUGCUGCUAAGAGCCAUACAAUGUUUGUUGGGCUCGGGCAACCAUAGGAGUCUUGGCAAGACACAUGCCGCUCAAUCACCCAAAUCGAAUUCGACAACAGGUUCGGAUUCAAAUAGCAAUGGAACGUCCGCACCAGCACCCGGUACCAUUGUAAGCAAUGUUUUAAAAUUCACAUCAUUGUUGCACGAUACAUUUUCCGAAGAGAAUAACGAUUUGAAAAGCGAAUGGUGGGCAAGUGUUUUGGAGAUUUCGGUACACUGGUUGUUGGGCGAAGAUACUCUGGCCGAAAAUCUUAUGGAAAUUGUCAAAAUUUUACCAAAAGCAUUGUCCGAGAGUGGUGAUCAUUUGCCAAGAGCUUUGCAUACAAUACUGAAGGCAAAAUCUAUUCUUAUGGGAACAAAUGGCAAUACCUUGGAAAACCGAGAAAUACAAAAAAUUAUAAUUUUAUGCGAUGAAUCAAGCGCCUCUCUUCAAGAAUGUUUGACAUUGAACAAGAUAACCAAUGCAAAAGGAAUUAAGCUGCUUUUCCAAUUGCUGACCUGCGAUUGGAUUUUGGAAACACGUACAGAAUUAUGGGAAGCCGAAUAUAUGACUGUGGAUGAUGAUGGUUAUUAUCAAAUACCCGGUGACAUUUUGGAGAAAUUCCAGAAGGAUUUAAAUUCAUUGAGAAGCAUUGUGGAACACAUACCGAGCGGCCAAUCUCGCAUAUAUUUGUAUGAAGCAGUUUGUCGUCUGAUGGCCGGCGCCUCACCAGGUCCCACUCAACAGCUUUUAGAUCGUAGCCUACGCUAUCGACAUGCCAGAUCUUCAAUUAUUUGUGGUGGUAAGGACAAGAAUCACAGCCUUGAAGGUGGCGAACGUGAACGUGCAGCUGCCAUGUAUGUGGCUUGUAAAUAUUUACCAUCGGCAUUACUAUGUUCUCCAGGCGAACGUGCCGGUAUGCUGGCCGAAGCAGCAAAAACUUUAGAGAAAGUUGGCGAUAAACGCAAACUAAAAGAAUGCUAUCAGCUGAUGAAAUCUUUGGGCAGUGGUUCUGCUGUUACUAACUGAAGACUAAUGUUAUACCUUCUACAUAUAUACACUUCGACAUGUAUAUUUAGCAUAUAAUAAACUUUUUUUUUUUUUAAUAUUCUUAAGUUAUCUCGAAACAUAAAAUGCCGCAUACAUUUUUCACGGAGUUUAUAUGUGACAAGUUAUUGGUGUUAUUGUAUUGUAGAAAACCCAUUGCUUAUGAUGAUAAUAAUGUAUAUGAAGCAUCGCAUAUAGAUGAUGUCUUAUUGUUUCUGGCAAUUAAUUGCGUUUUUAAUUUUCUGCUUGUUAUCAAUAAUACGAGUAUACUAUAUAUGAAUGAAUAAAAUCUACUGUAAAUGAUGGUACAACGAUUACGAAGGAGGAAACUAAA